AUGUCAAACUACCUGCAACUUCGGCGGCCCACAACCGUCUCAAGACUUCAGCAGGUCAUUCCCAAGCCUCCGCAAGCUUUACCAAAACACGGAGGACUGCCACUGUGGGAAAACCUACCAUUGGACCAAAAGUUACCGGCAAAGGCAUGCCCGAUACAUCCACCGAUUUUCAGCCGAGGUAAUCUCGGAGAAAUUCCAUGGGUCAAACCGGAUGACUAUGGGUUCGACUUAAGUGAUCCGCUGAGCCACGAUGUGUCCUAUCGCUAUAUGCAGCUACACGACAAAAACCUUAAAAGCCACUUCCGAGAUUGGAAAGUUACUGAGGGUUUGAAGUAUCACAACUUGAUAAACGAUGAAAAUGAAGUCAUCUGCACACUAGGGGAGUUCAACCGGUUUAGAUAUUAUUUGUGGAAACUUCACAAACAUGAAAUUCGUAAAGAGUUUCAAAAACUGGAUCGUGCCUGGUGGAAGCAAUUUCUUGAUCGAAAUGCAGCGCUGCAUAUCAAGAAAUAUUACGACUUUGAAGGGAAAGGCCAACAGAAAAGAUGUAUUGCUUAUGCACUUUUGCAAGCAAAAAAGCAAAAGGCGUUGAAGUUGAAAGCUAAAUACGAACGCCAGUUGCUGCGCUUUCUAGCGUGUCGUGAAAAGGAAAAACAAUCUAAAAUGCUUGAUGGUCACAGCCGUGCGUUGAAGGUCCGAUACAAUAACGCAUUAUUAAAAGCCUCCAGGAAAUCCUAUCGUUUGAAACUAAAGAGAAGACUUCGAGAAAAGGACCGAAUGAGAACAAGACGAAUGGCUAUUCUUAAAAAGAGAACUAGAGAAUCGAAACGAAUUAUGCAAAAGGAACGCUACAAGUUACUCUUCAUUUCCGCACAAGAGGCAGAAGCAAACCGACAGAAGCUCUUAAACAGUUUCCUACAACAAACAAAAACCAACGUCCAAAAGAGGGUGAUGGAAUCGCACUUGAGACAGGAACUUUUCGAACAACAGCUUACCCUCCGUAAAACGCAAAAUCUUUCCAGUAAGUACAACAAGCGUUCCAAGGCCGCACUGAUGAGAGCAAUGCUAAGAGCAUGGCACAACAUCCGAGUCCGUCAACCGCACGUUUCGAAGCAGUUGUCGCGUGCUUCCGUUGAGCAUGCAGUCAACAUUGCUUACCACAUGCACACGACCAUCAGCCCAACGAUCAGCAGUACACAAAUAAUCGAUACCGCACGACAAUUGAUGAACGAUUUCGCCAGCAUGCCCUCGGAACAACUUCCGCUUGAUCGUCAAGUUAUGAAAUAUACCAGCGAUGCUUUGCAAGGCAUUAUGGGACAAAUUAGGGAGCAGGUCGUUCGUGCCGGAUGCCAAUUGAUCGAACAGGUCGCGGUCAAGAUGCGAAAGCGAAUCCAGUCUGCCGAGCGUCGACCUACAUCUUUGUGCGGUCCGUGGAGUAGUCGAUGGCACCGUUCGUCUCUGAACAACAACAGCUCUAAUAGCGAUAGACCUCGGGUUUCUAUAGGAGAGGUACAGAUUGUUGAUGAAUUUCAGACUGAGCAGGAAGAGUUCAAAAAGUCUCGCAAUCGACCUCCGACUCCGGUAACAUCUGUUACCUCUCUAGUCGAACAUAUUGUGGACUCUAAUGAGAUGAUAUGUUCAUCGAGCGAUCUGGAAAUUCCGUCAACUGUUACCGCGGAUAUUGAACGACGCAUAACGACCGAAGAUCAUCCGCUAAUUCAUCUUACUACGCGACAGAAGCGCUAUCUGGAAACGAAUCUAAUGAAAUUUCGAACCAUCAUCUAUCAGAACGUUAGGACGCGUGUUCUCGCCUCGAUCGAUGUCAUGCGGCUGGAGAUAGUACGUCGGAAGUUUCAGAAACCGAGCCAAUCGAAAGAAACUCUCGCUCGGGAAGCGGCGCAUUGUGUUCUGGUCUUUCCCAAGGAGGACCACCGUUAUGCUCAGCUGUUACUGGAUAUCAUAAACAUUCUAGAUACCGAGGUUUGCAACGAACUCGAGGAUAUUUUGAACGCACCCUGA